UCAGUGGAAAAGUUUCAGUGUCUUUAGCAUCCACCGUCGCUCCUUUAGUCUUUACAAUAUAACAUUAGGCCCUGUACAUUUAGGAUAAAGUGUUAGCAACAGUUCCUCUAGUGUAACACAGGAUAGCGUCUGUUUCGUACCGCAUUUUGGACAUUAAUUUCAUUCCGCAAUGCGUCCACACAAGACCCGAGUAAGAGUCAGUCGUCACAUUGGAUUACCUAACAAAAGAGAUACACCCGUGAAACCAGCACUGAGUACCAGAGAAAAGUUCAGGAGAGUUCUUCCCAGAAGGCAUUAUGAAGCAUUUCCAGAGGAACCUGAGGUUGAGGAGAUGAAUGUCCCCACUGUCAAACUAACCAACCCAAUGUUGACAAGCACUAAGCCUGUCUACUGCAACCCUGUGUUACACUUGAGCGGCCCUGCAUUGACUGAAAACCCCAGAGACAAAGUCGUGUUGCCUGCUGCGCCAGCUAAUAAAAAAUCUGGCCACCGAGUGUCACCAGCAGGUCCCCCGACUCCUGAGGAGCCAGAGGCUUUUAAAGGUGGUGAAAUGCCAGUUAAAGGAAAAGAGCAAAACUUGACUGUAACUCUGGAGAGCAUCACAUCCUCUAGCAUGGAGUCGGACACAACUUUCAGCUCUGAGGAUGAAGAUGAGGAAGACUGCUACUCUGCCUCUACAGCUUCCAGCAGUCUUCCAUCCCCUGAGAUCUUUAGAAGGGAGAGUAAUGUGGAAACAUUGACUUUCCCCAUCAAGGAGGAGCUGCUGGAUCUCCAUCUUCACAUCAAAAACUCCACAUUGUUGGAUGUGAGCCAUGCUCAGAGCAUCCACAUGCAUCAGCCGCCCAACCUCUCUAACAUCACUGAUUCCUCUACCAGUAUCCCUGAGAAGAACUGUGACAUCAACAAAAACAGAGUACCUGAAGCUGAGAACAAAAUAUAUACAGACUCAAUUAAAUCAGAGACGGCCUUCAAGUGGAAAACCCCAUCCAGACUCACCAACAGAAAGCCCACUGUGUAUAAAAAGAAGGUGUGGUUCAAAAGCCCCAUCAUUGCUGAGACCUUUAAAACAAAACUCACCCCAGCCACCAAAUUAACCAUUCACAGCUCCAGUGAGCCGGCCAAAACAUCCAGCCCGACUGAGCACAUGAAGCCAGACACAGGCACACCCAGAACGGGUGAGCUCAAUUCUAAGGAAGAGGAAUUACAACAAAUGGUGACGCUGAAAAGGCCUGUAAAGAAUAGCCCGGGGGAAGCCAAGUUCUUUGACUUUAUCAAUGAAAGUGACAGGGAUGCGUUCUUUAAGGGGAUGAGAGACAGGUGUGUCAAACUUAAAAGUGCUCCUUUGUUUCCUCUCAUAGCUCCUGGGUACACAGAUUAGCCUACAGGGGCAAAGAUCUGGGCUUUCUCCCGUAAUCAAAGAGAUUUGUAUGUAAAAUAUUCUGUAAAAGAUUAAUCUGAGUACUUCAAAACAAGGUGUCAUGACUCAGAAGUGUGUGAGGCUAAAUGUCGAAAUGAAAUGUGAUGCACUUAAAAAUAUACAGGGAAUUCAAUGAGAUGCCACACACUGACAGGUGUAUAGACUGACCGUGCAGGCAGUAAGCAGAAAAACCAGGACCUGAUCUCCUUUUUAAAUGUUGCAUGUCUACGUGCUGUCCAGCAAGUGUGUGGUGCAAAAUGGCCACUAGAUGUCAGAGCUGUAUCCUCUUACAUAGCCAUCUUUUCUCUUCUAACAAUUUUUCUUUUUUUUUGUGUGUGAAAUAUAUAUGUUGUGUGUGUUUCUCUGUAUUUGUAUUUUCUUUCAGCAUAUGUGUCAAUGCCAUACGCCCCUGAUCUAAGUGUUUAA